CCGUCGAUCUGUAGAAUAUAGGCACUCUAUUCUGCAUUCAAAAUCAACUUUUUGAUUCGAUUUUCCAAGAAAUCGCAGUAAUGGAUCCCGCAGAAGUUUUAAUGGAAGAAGCGAAAGCGCGUCAAAAGCCGAUCCUGGAAGCGGCAACUCGCGGUGACUCGGAGAUACAGCGAUUCUUCAGCGGCACGACAGCCUUCGUCACUGGAGGCACCGGCUUUCUCGGGAAACUGCUCAUCGAGAAACUGAUCAGAUCUUGUGAUGUAAAGAAAAUUUACGUCAUAUUAAGACCGAAAAAGGGAAUGUCAAGUAAAGAGAGAAUUAGUGCUUUACUAAAAGAUUGUGUAUUUGAUAACCUUCGCGAAACUAAUCCAGAUUUUGGGAAUAAAAUAGAACCAGUCGAAGGAGAUGUGGCCGAAUUACAACUCGGCCUUAGCGUCCAAAGUUGGGUCACCAUAGCCGAAGAGGUCGAUGUUAUAUUCCACAUGGCAGCUACCACUAGAUUCGACGAGACUUUACGUAAAGCGACUCUGAUCAAUGUGCGUGGUACCAGGGAAAUACUUGCUCUAGCGGAGCAGUGUAAAAACCUAAGGUCAUUCGUGUACGUAUCGACAGCAUACUGUCAAGCGACUCGAGACAGAAUCAAAUCAGAAGUGUUGGAACAGUUCUACCCCAGCCCAAUAUACCCGGAUGCAUUGAUAGGCAUGGCAGAGAGUAUGGGGGAUGAGAGGCUGGUCUCCAUCACGAAGGAGUAAGUAGAGAUAUUCAUAUUUGUGGUUAAAACAACAAAUGAAAACAGGUUACUUGGUGGUAACGGAUCACUAACAAAGCCAAAGGAAGUUUUACCAUCAUGCACAUGCACCGCAAAUAAUGCAACCUGUUUGCAGGUUAAUUGAUGGUUGGCCCAACACUUACACGUUCACAAAAGCAGUAGCGGAGGAAAUUGUACGCAGCUACCUCGGAGAUCUACCAGCUUGUGUAGUAAGGCCGCCUAUCGUUUUAGGUGCGUAUAAUGAACCAUCGCCGGGAUGGAUUGACCCGUCCUGCGUCUACGGAGCCACU